GGCUACAAUUUUAAAAUAAAUGAUUCAAAUUUAAUUGGAACUAAUUAUUUUGUAACUUUUUUUUUUGUUAAAGAUAUAAAUGAAGUACCAAGAGACGGAGGCUGGUCUGAAUGGGGCCCUUGGAUCUGUAGCGCAAGUUGCAACGGAGGAGUAGGAAAGAGAAAACGUGUUUGUAAUAAUCCUGAGCCUAACAUCAAGGGUGAACCAUGCAUGGGUCCAAGUGAAAUGACAGGAACGUGUAAUACGAAUCUUUGCGGUGAUAUAACCCGAGAUACAAUUACUUUGAUAAAUCGAAGAAAAAAAAAUAGCCACUUAGCUCUUGUUGUAAAAGAAGGCCAGCCUGUAACAAUUCCUUGCGACUCUGAUAUUGUCGCUAAAGUGGAAAAAGAAUCUCCUCGAUCUGAAAUUCAGUGGUCCCAUGAUGGAAUAUUUAAAUAAAACAAGCAAGCGUUAAUGACUCUGGAGUUUACACAAUGACUUCCCAUAAAUUUGACAGGAGUUAUUCAAUUCUUAAAAUUGUUUCUCUGUCAGUACGUCCAGUAAAAACAAUAAAAACUAUCCGUGAAACUUUACCCAUGACUGUUAUCUGUCACUGUGCAAUACUUGGAUAUGUAUAUGCGAAUUUAAAAGUCAGCUGGUUAAUUAAUAAAAAAAUAUGGAAGAACUAUGGAACAACCUCACCAUUGUCAAUAAAUGUCGACACUAUUCCUGAAGUUAAUAAAAGCCACCAUGGACUCUGGGAAUGUUUUAUUGAAGAAGAAGAUUUAAAGUUUAAUUGGACGACCAAUGCAAUAUUGGUCAACGUUAUUAGUGCGCCGAAUUGGAGAACGUAUUUAAUGGAAGAUCCAUUCACUAAGCCGUUGUUCGGAUGGCUACCAAGUGAAUCUUAUGUUAUCUUUUUUUUAAUAUUUUUAAUUUUGUUCUGUUCAUCGUUAGUUAUUGUUGCGCUGUUUUAUUAUGUGAAGCUUCAAAAUUAUUUGAAGAAAAGAGCGUUGAAUUACGUCAAAAUAAAAUAG